GGGGUCCGUCUCAGCAACACCCUUCCAAGAUGGCAGCCAACAGCAGCAGCACGGUUAGCAAGCCGAGCGGCAGCUCUGGAGGAAAGCAGUCCGGUCCUUCGGCCGAACAGGUGGUGGCCACGUUUCAGAAGAUGCGCCAGGAACAACGCAGUAUGGCCUCCAAAGCUGCAGAGUUGGAGAUGGAGAUCAAUGAGCACAGCUUAGUCGUUGACACGUUGAAGGAUGUGGAUCCUUCGAGGAAAUGUUUUCGUCUAGUAGGAGGAGUUUUGGUGGAGAGGACGGUAAAAGAAGUUCUACCAGCGUUGGAAAACAACAAAGAGCAGAUAUCCAAAAUAGUCGAGUCCCUCAACACACAGAUGCAGACGAAAGGACGGGAACUGACAGAGUACAGGGAACGCUACAACAUCCGCUUGGUGGGAGAGGGUGAAGGACAGGGACAAGGACAGUCGGCGACGUCUUCCAGGGACAGCGAAGGAGGCGGCUCAAAAAGCGGUGCUGGGGUUUUAGUGUCUUAGUUUAUUGUAAUAAUAUAAUGCGACAGUAGGGCCUUAUGAUUUCUGCAGAAUUGAAGACACAGAGUCACAUAAAUUUAGUUUAAAAAAACAGAACUCUUGACAGGAUAAGUUUGGAUUUGGGGAUUGAACACAGAGCACUUGGUAUUGAAGUAAUUUGCAACAGACUUCUAUAUAAGUUCAGCAGUGAAUUCAUCAGUUAAAUCCAGCCUCUGGAUCAUGUUUCUGAUGAUUUUUCAUUUUAAAGUAAAUAAGUGCCUGCAAUUUUGUCAUUUGGGGUUUUGGACUAUCUGCUGACAAAGGCUGAUAUCAUAUGACUCUUAUGUAGGUUGAGAUUGUGCAGAAUAGACACUUCUUUGUCAAGGCAGAACAGGUUCUGGAAGGCUGUUUGACGACACAUGUUAUUCUCGUAAACAAGAUAUUAUACUGUAGACGCGUCACUAAGCAUCAAAGUGAAUCUGUCAAUUUUAUUCACCUUCUCUUGCUGUGACAUUUCGCACACAACUCGGUAAAUACACAAUUAAUGCAUGAAAGGAUGCUGGUUUCUAUCCAGUGUUCACUCAAGUCACACAGAUGUGACUGAAUAUACCCAAUAAUUCUUUUUUUUCUGUAGAUUAUGUUUGAUUUCAGAAAGACUUGUUAAAAGUCUAAAGUGAUGAAAAGCCUCGCAGGGCCUGAUGGUUACUGUCCACUCUGUUCAUUUAUCUGUAAGGGCAAAAAUGUUUUCAUUAAUGGCCAUGAAUUAAAGAAUUGUCACAAUUGUGA